GUCUUAAGAGUGUAAUUACCAAAAAUGCUAGCCAUUUCUUCUCCUAUGAUUUCUACUAAUUAUAUUAAUUUUGGUUGGCUUUUGGAAGAUCCAAAUAGCCAACAAAUUAACAUUAAUCCCAUGGAACCUCUUCAUUCAUCAUCACGAAAAAACCUUCAACACUCUGAUUCAAAUAAAUUUGAUGAGAUUACUAUCAACGGUGGUGAUCAUCAUCAACCCGAUCAAACGGUGAAGAAGCUUAAUCACAACGCAAGUGAACGUGAUCGUAGAAAGAAAAUCAACGACUUAUAUUCUUCUCUUCGUUCUUUACUUCCUCCUUCUGAUCAUAUGAAAAAGCCAAGUAUUCCAUCAACAAUAUCAAAAAUUCUAAAGUACAUACCAGAGUUACAAAGUGAAGUGGAAAGAUUGGUUCAAAAGAAAGAAGAAUUUACAUCAACAUAUGUUUUCAAUAGACAAAAUUUAGGUGAUUUUACCAAACAAAAAAGAAUAAAAGGAGGAAUUGAGAAUUCUUCAUUUGUUAUUUCAACAAGUAAAUUAAGUGAUAAAGAAAUAGUUGUUCAAAUAUCAACUUUGAAGAUCAAUAAAGGUUCAAUUGGUGAGGCUAUUUCACAAUUAGAAGAUGAAGGACUUGUUCUACUAAAUGCAACUUCUUUUGAAACUUUUGAAGAUAGAGUAUUCUAUACCUUGCAUUUUCAGGUUGAACGAAGUAUGGUGGUUGAGAUUGACAUGCUAAGAGACAAACUCUCAUCUUAUUUUGAGAAGGAAGACAAGUUAUAAUUACAACAAUGAAUUUCUAGUUUAAUUUUUAGAAGGAUUUAAUUUAUAUAAAAAU